AUGGGGAAAACAAAGGAGAGAGCGUCGAGGAAGAAGCUCCGGUCGACGCGUUCUCGCCGGAAGAGAGCUCAGAUUUCUCCGGUGAUUGUCCACUCUGCUCUUCCACGCCGGGACGGAGGAGUCUCCGCUGCUUCUAUUGGUUCAAGCUUCGGCUCUUACCUCGAUGUCGAUGACAACGUGUCUUGCGGUUCGAGCAGAGUUGAGAAGAGCUCAAUUCCGAGGAAGAGACGCAUUCGUGAAGUUCAAGUUUCUGAACCGAGGACUGAUGUGAAGGGGACGAUCGGUGAUCCCAGUUUUCGGAGGAUCACCAGAUCGUUUUCGAAGCUCAAGAGGGAAAGGGAGAGAGGGGAGGUCGAAGUGAGUGAAUAUUCUUGUGUCGAAUCGAAUUCCGGUGCUGGUCUCGUGUUAACGAGUUUGAAGACGAAGGAUGAAGGUGAAGAUGUGAAAGCAUUAGUGAGUAACGAGAACGACGAAGUCUCGUUUACGCGAUCGGACGUUACCUUCGCUGAGCAUGUCUCCGACGGUAGGAAUUUUAACUUCUCGUCGGAGAAUAAGGAGAGCGAUGUUGUUUCCGUCGCUUCAGGAGCGGAAGACUGCUCUGGUUCAAAAUUCGGGAGCGUAACAGAUGGAGCAGGUGCCGAAGGAGUCGAACUCUCUGAAAUCUCUAUUCCGAACAGCUUUGUUAACGAAGCCGAAUUCACUCUCGGAGCCAAAUUGGCCAACGAGCCGAACCAGAGGGUCGAAAUCACUGGAUGCGUAUCGGAUCUCGCUUGUACGGAGCAAUUCUCUGGCGAAGAGGUGUCGGAGCAUUCUGAAAAUGCGAUUUCGGAGCUGCAUUCUGAGAUAUUUCCGGAGUAUUCGGACCUUGAUUCAUCGGACUACACUCCGUCAAUUUUCUUCGACUCCGGGAGUCAGUUCUCAGAGAAAUCAGGCUGUGAUUCUCCUCCUUCAGAGACUCGCUCUUUAUUCCUAGACUUCAAAGAGCAAUUCUGGAGAUCCACAAUUCCGAACGAUGCGAAACCUUAUUGCCUGCAGGACAACUUGGAAAUUCAUCCUGAACAAAGUACUGAAAUGGAGCUUGAGCAAGAGACAAUGUUCCUGGGAGUUAGCCUCCUCGAUCGUUUCCUGAGCAAAGGAUCUUUCAAAAGUGAAAGGAGUCUAAUCAUUGUCGGAAUAUCCUGUCUCACACUGGCCACCAGACUCGAGGAAAAUCAGCCCUACAACAGUGUGCGACAAAGGAACUUCUACAUCCAGAAACAAAAGUUCAGAAGAUGUGAAGUGGUGGCCAUGGAGUGGCUGGUGCAAGAAGUCCUGAAUUUCAGAUGCCUCUCACCCACCAUCUACAACUUCUUAUGGUUCUAUAUCAAAGCCGCAAGAGCCAGUCCAAACGUGGAAAAGAGGGCCAAAUACUUAGCCGUGAUGGCACUCUCGGAUCACACUCAGCUCUGUUACUGGCCCUCCACAGUUGCAGCCGGAGUCGUCAUCCUGGCUUGCAUAGAGAACAACGAGUUCACAGCCUACCAGAGAGUAAUUGAGGUUCAUGUUAUAACAAAAGAUAACGAUCUGCCGGAAUGCGUUAAGAGCCUGGAGUGGUUGCUUGGACACUAA